UUACUCGUCUUCUUUAUGACAGUAGCCAUAUUGGAUUUGAACAUUUCUGGUCAUUUCUCAUUGGCUAUUAUUUAGGACGACUGCGCAUCCACGGGACUGGUACACCUUUAUAUUUACAUCAUGGUCUUACGUCUUCAGUCGAUUCGUGUGUCCGGGGCUUUACUACAGCUGUAGAUCGGGCAUAUAUGUCUGACUGUACCGUCUGUUUGUUCUUGCAACAUAUCAUGCCGAUAUUGCCGAUGAUUUGGUUUUUGGAGUUUCCACCGGAAAGCUUCGUAUGUUAAUUUAUUGAAGUGAAGCCACUUCUUAUGAUGAAUAAAUUAGACACCGUAUUGUCGAACGUUGACGUGGACGAUCCAAGAUUUCGUAUUAGACCAUAUCAACAAAUCGUGGCUUCUUGUACUGGUGCAUUCAUUACAUCAAUAUUUGUGACUCCGUUGGACGUAGUAAAAAUACGUCUUCAAACACAGCAGAAAGCAAUGCUUUCAAAUAAAUGUUUUUUAUAUUGCAAUGGUUUAAUGGAUCAUUUGUGUCCUUGUGUCAAUGGUAAAAUGCCUGAAUGGAUGAGAAGAAAUGGAAAAUUUAAUGGGACAGUUGAUGCUUUACUAAAAAUAAGUAAAACAGAAGGUGUGGUAUCAUUAUGGAGUGGUUUGAGUCCUACUCUUGUUCUAGCUGUACCUGCAACUGUCGCAUACUUUGUUUCAUACGAACAGUUAAGAUUAUAUCUUAAGGAUACAUACAACAGGGAGUUCAAAAAGAAGGGAACUAAUAUGGAACAACCUUUUUGGAUUCCUAUGUUAGCUGGUAGCACAGCACGAAUCUGGGCUGCAACAUUGGUGAGUCCAUUGGAGUUGAUAAGAACAAAAAUGCAAUCACAGAAACUAAGUUAUGCAGAAAUAAUACAGACAUUGAAAACAGUUGUGAGAUACAGUGGCAUUUCUGGCUUAUGGAUGGGAUUAAGUUCAACGCUUCUUCGUGAUGUUCCUUUUAGCGCUAUAUAUUGGUUAAAUUAUGAAACUAUAAAGAAAGUAUAUAGUUCGUAUAGCUCACAACAAACUUUUACUUUUAAUCUGGCAGCAGGAGCUAUAGCUGGUUCUAUAGCAGCAUUUUUCACUAUUCCCUUUGAUGUGGUAAAAACACACAGACAAAUCGAAAUGGGUGAAAAAGAAAUUUAUUCGGAUAAACCUAUUCGCAGUAGUACUACAUGGACUAUAAUACAAAGAAUCUAUCAUCAAAAUGGAUUGAAAGGUUUAUUCACAGGAUUAACGCCACGUUUGGUGAAAGUAGCCCCAGCCUGUGCAAUUAUGAUCGCAACUUUCGAACAUGGCAAGCGUUUCUUUCAAUCGUACAAUGCUAGGAAGGCUAUUGAAUUUGAAAUUGAACGUGACAUACAUUUAUUGCAACACAAACCUAAUAGUACAGAAUGAUAUGCUUGCUACAGGCAAAUGUACAGAAUUACAAUAAAGGUCAAAAUUUAUUUGCGGCAUUUAUACUGCAAGCCCUGGAGCAGUUCCCGCAAAGAAACGUUUAUAUGCUUACAAUAAGGCUCCA